AUGGCGUCUGAUACAUUUCACUUCUUCUCCAGCCUCCCCAAGGAGAUCCAGGACUUGGUUUGGGACGCUGCUGUGCGCCCAGUGCCAGGCACGAGGCAUGUGCACCGGUUCAUGGUCUUGGGGUCCCAGGAGCCAGAGCACAAUUUCUCGGGCCAUCUUCUGGACUUUACUAGUUUUGGCAUCACUUCUACAGAAGAUCACAACUUGGACGAGCACACAGAGGAUGAGGAGAAUUCAGCUGGUGAACAGAGCGGCUCAUCUGGAGGAGAGAAAGAAGAUGGUGUCUUCCAUGAACCGGCUUCGCCCAGGUUUCUCGUUCCAGGCAGCUGUAGCCUCGCCAUACCAUAUGACGCCUUAGACGGCGGUCCUAACGACUCUGUCUACGCUUUAGAUAGCGGCCUGUGGAUGGCCUGUAAGGCCUCGCGGGCCGCCAUGGAAAGACGUUUCACGAAGAACGAGUGGUGGUCAGAGGCUGAAUGCGAAAAUACUCCAGAGCGUCUCGCGACCUGCGGCGACUACAACCAAGAGAAGGAUGCUACUCACACGGCGUCGUACAAGAACUGCGACGGUGAGUACACGCACAUCACGAUAAAUCACGACAGGGACCUCUUCUGCUUGGACUCCCGGCACCUAGGCUCUCUGGACUGGCUCCGAUACUCCGCUCCUGAUUUCCCAGCUUAUAUGGAGGUGUCCGAGGAUGGCGGUUGGGUAGCAAACCCGAGCUUCCUGGGACCCAAUAUUGCCAUCGACUAUGACCCCUACAUGUUCGAUCAAUGGCUCCCAGCCAGCACGCACCUUCGGCGACCAGACGUGGAGUGGAACGCCAUGCGUUUGAGCCACAUGAUGGAGCUAUUUCACCACCGGGCAAAGAGAACGCUGUGGUUUAUUGACUACAGACUUCGACCCAUUGAUCCACAUUACGCGAGCCGUGAGAUCUUGUCUGGGGAGUCCGUGCUGCGUUCAUUUGAUAGCCAGGAGCGAGCCAUCUUUCGCUCCAACGAACUGGUGCUCAUCGAGGUGAAACCGGAUGACAGGGACAAAUGGUACAUUGACACAUCGGGUUACGAGUCCCGAGGCGCCAGGUACACGGCAUUUGACUUCUUCAGGCUGUUGGCCAGGUCUGGAUAUGGAAGCUUGGAGAUAGAUGGGUAUCGUCGACUGCGAGUUCUGGCGUGCCAAGCUGUGCCGGGCAAGACCCUUCGACCAAGGCUGUCGGACGCGGUUGUAUGCCCUAGAGAUGCAUCGUGCAAGUUUUGCGGUCGGACAGAUGAUGUUACUUAG